UUCACUGUAGCAGAACAGAGAUCUGCACGAGAGAACAGCCAACUGAUCGCCUCCGGACACAUACAAAGACAUUAGACAACACUAUGGGCAUCAAACUGUAUUACACCACCGUCACCGCAUCAAGAGAGGUGAAGUCUCAGCAGGCGGAGGUGAUGCGGAUUCUGGACAGUAAGACCAUUAAGUAUGAGUUGAUUGACAUCUCGGUGGGCGGGGAAGUCCGGGAUGAGAUGAGGAGUAAAUCUGGCAACCCCACAGCAAUCCCACCUCAGAUAUUCAAUGAAGAUCAGUACUGUGGGAACUAUGAUUUGUUUUCAGAGGCAGUGGAGGCAGACACAGUGGAUCAGUUUCUGAAGAUUGCUUGAAAGCUAAACCUGGUAGCAUCCAACCACCUCUUCCCUUACCGGUCCAUUUCCACAUUCCCAAAGGGAGGCUGGCCCAUACCUGUCUCUGCUCCGCUGGCAGUGCCUGCCUUCCCAUGUCGCCAUGCCAAAUGCCAAAAACAAUCAACAGAAAAGAACACACUCACUCUAUACCACCCACAUUCAUACGUGGUCAAUCAGAUUUUCUUUUGUGCUUUUGCUUUAUUUCUCUCAUGCUUUCUUUUAUCUUGUGUCCUCUCUGGUUCUUGCGCUUCUGACACAUAAAUGCCACUAAUUUGUCUUAAUCUUGUUUGGAUCAGAGUGAUUGGAUGGUUAGUAAUUAGGUCAACUAAAUCUGGGGCCACAACCCUUGUUUAUUCCAGAUUGAACUAAUCCACAGUUCAAGAAUCACAAGAAUAAUUUUGUGUCCAGGACCAAAGAGUUUAAAUUGAAUCAGUUUGCCAACAUGUAUGGAUAUGCUAAUAGCCUUUUUAUUUCCAUGAUUCCAUCUAGUACUGAAAUAAUUUGGGCUGAGAUUUAUUGUAUGUUGGUACUAAAAACAUUGGCCUUUAAUUUCCAACAUGUGAACCAGCUGUAUUGGAUUUAAUAUCUGCAUUGUAUAGUUUCGUUUAGGAGUGUUCAAGCCACAGGUAUGUUGAUUUAGAGAGUUUCCACUUAACAUUCCCAAAUUCAGGGAUGGAAAAGCAUUCCGUUGCGUUAAACUGUGCCAAUAAAUGCGGUUAGAGACAUUCUUAUUUGAAAGUCUACAGCAUCUAAAAUUCUGUGUUUUUGAUGGUUGAAUGUAGUGCUCGGGUCACAUAUCACCCUGAAAUCAAAACAUAACAUAAGGCCAUAUUUUGCAUAAAGAAAGUGAAUCCUAAUUUAAAACCAUUAAGAUUUUUUUGUGUAUUGUUUUCAUAACAAUUCAGCACAUUUCCCACUAAACAUUUUGGUGAUUUUCAUUUAUUUCAAUGGUGUUUCAUUACUGUAAUAAAGUACAUUUUUAAUUUACGGCUGUAAAAUAUUGCAGCAUUAUUAAAAAGAACAACAACAUAUCAGCAUAAAUGAAAGGCAGUUCAAAAAAUGCAGCAGGAAGUACAUAAUUUAAAUAACAUACCUUGCAUUAUGGUGAAAAUAUUUUGUGGGAAAAUGCUAAAAAUCGUACUACUUCGAAAAAGCUCAUGCUAAAUAUUACGUCUUAUUUCCUUCUUUUGAUAUUGGGGUGAAAUAUGACCCAGACUUCAUGAGAAUCACCCAUAAGUUUAAUAGCAGAAUAUGGAGGAAUAUUUGAGUAACAUACUCCACUCCUGUUACACCACAGAAAUUAAUCUCCUGUUAUUCUGGUAAUGCACUAAAUGUUGGUGUUUCCAUAAUCAACCAGAUCAACUUUGCCUGAGCUUUUGAUUCUGCUGCAACUGCAAUGUUCAUCAUCUCACAGUAGCGAAAUCACUCCAUGUAGCAUAAUUCACAAAUACACGUUAAGUUCAUUUGAGGUUGUAGCGUUGAUAUUUUCAGCAGCUUAUCCUCUGACGUAUUAUGUUGGUCAUAAUGGUACUUAAUUUAUAUAGUUGGCACAGUCUUACAAUCUUGUGAGUCACGGUCCCACGUUUUGACUUUUCUGGCAUCCCUAAUGUUUGCUGCUCCCAGUUAGUCUUAAAUCUUCUGUCUCAAGUGACAGUUUUACUGUGAACAUUAUAAUGGGUUGGACCGACAGCUGGUUCAUGAAAUGAUUGUGAUCUUCCUCUGUCAUUAUUGUUUGUAACGAUUUCUUGUGGUCUCUUUAUGCUGUACUGCUUUGCUUUUGCUUUUGGACCAACACCCUUUUUUGGCCAUAUUAAAAGAAUGAUAAUUAGGGAAAUGAAUGCUGUUGUCUUCCAAGAAGAUUGUGAAAUUGUGAUGUGUGGGUCCAAUAAAAGUACAAAAGAAAAAUAUGUCUCCCACAAUAAAUUUGCAUA